AAAGUCCUUGAAAAUAAGUGCAGAUGAAUCAAAGUUGAAGUUUUCUUUUGUUUUCAGCAUUGAAACUGUAAGUUUCUAGCAUUUGUUAAAACAAGUUUUCUUUUCAAAUCCCGUGUCCGAUUAUGAUGUUUGACAUGUGAUUUAUAUAUAUUUUGUACCUGAUUGUUGCAUUGAAAAUAAUCUUGGUUACCUAGCAUGUGAUCACUCUGAUGUGCAUGCUUGAAGUCACACUCAUUGAUUUUUUCGGCCGGUCUGGCAUGCACGACUGUGUUAAUGAAAAAGUUCCUUGAAUUUGAGAGCCGAGAUCCUUGAAAUUGACCUGAAAAGUCCUUGAAUUGGGUUCCUGAAAAAGUGCAAGAAUCCUGGCACUAACCAUGAGGGCACCAUACCUUCUGUGAACUUGUGGGUUUACUGCAAAUAGACUAAAUAAAGUACACACAGCUUCGCAUUCAAUCAUGUUGAAUUUAUCAUUAAGAAGCGUGCUUCAACAAUGAUGAAUCUGUCCUUUGCCUUGAGUUUUAAAUGUCUAGGCAUUUUGCUCUUACAAGUUCACACAGUUUUACAAUGUCAUUCAAUAAUUUAGAUCUAGCUUCUUUGAUAGUAUUGAGGGAGGCUUUGGGAUUUUCGGUUUUGUGGUUUUGACUGUUUUGUGGAUCGGUUUUUGGGCCAAAAAGGUUUGGGUUUUCGGUUUUGAUGUUCACAGUGGUUUGUGGAUUUUACUUGUUUUGGCAUUUGGUUUUCGGUUUUCACGAAAACUCUGGUGCGGUUUUCAGUUUUUCCUUUUUGACCCCUUCAAAGGUGGAAAUGUAGCAGUUUUGUCAGGUUUGCUUGCGGUUUUCAGUUUUGCUGCCUCUUUUUGUUGUUUUUUUCUGUUUUGGAGGUUAGUUUCUCUGGUUUUGUGGUUUCCAAGAGGCCUCAAUGCCCGCCUCAGUAUUCUAUGAUUGUUUCUGCAGGAAAAAUGAUCCUCCCCUGUCGUGCAUUACACAGAACAGCUUUACUGUUGGUGAUAUAGAACAACUACUUGAAGAAACGGAUUUCAAGGGAUUUCCUGUUAUUGUAGACAGAGAAUCUCAAAGACUUGCAGGGUUUGUCUUAAGAAGAGAUUUGAACAUUGCCAUCAGUCAUGCACGGGCUCGUGAUGAAGAGGUGGUGUCAGCGUCAUCAGUCUACUUCUUACCACACCCUCCACGGUACCCCCCUCCUGGUCAACCACCUGCUUUGAGUCUCCGACAUAUUGUUGAUAAGAGCCCAAUACAGAUAACUGAUGCUAUGCCUAUGGAAACAGUGGUAGAGAUGUUUCGCAGACUGGGGCUGAGACAAACACUUGUAACACAUAAUGGUCGCUUAUUGGGAAUCAUAACCAAGAAGGAUGUUCUACGUCACAUUGCCACCCUUGCAAAUCAAGAUCCAGAUUCUAUACUCUUUCAUUAAGAGUUGUAACAUCACCAAGUUAAUGUAUUGCAUUUAUUUCUGUGGUAGAAGGGUAUAAGAAAUUACUUGGCAGCUAGAGAAAGAUGUUGCUCAUUUUGUCAUGUGCAUGGGACCAAAAAAUAAUCAUGGCAUUUGGCAUGCAGAGUCAAUCCACAGAGCUUCUGGUUGAACAUAUGAAUCUGUUAAGGAGCCAUCUCACAAUGUACUGCUUUGCAAUUCUUUAUUAAAGCUACUAAGCAGGGAAUAUGAUGGUCUUCAAAUAUGACUCCUGUUUUGGACUCAGAUAUUUGUUUGUCCCAUGCUUGGGACUAGAUGGAUAACACCUUUGUUUAUUUCACUAUUAAGCUUAACAUUUGGCAUCUUUCUUAUUCAGUUUACAAAAAAGUUUGCGCAUCUGCAUCUUGAACUUACAAUUCCUAAUAUUGAUGUGAAAAUUUUAAAGAAUUAAGUAUUUAUAACUGAAGUCAUACAGGCUACAGAUAUGCACCACAUAUACCCUCCAUUUCCUUGAAGAGUCAAUUCUGAUGUUAUGUAGUGUUUGAUAAACAGGCAAGUUUGCUUAGUGUAUUAAAUAACCACAAAACAUCCCUUAAACACACCAUAACGGACUACCAACAAUAUCAUGUCAUUCAUACAUAUUAUUUUCACUUUUGUCAUAGUUCGAGAUUGAAAAAAUCUAAGGAUGAUUAGUUCCCAAGGAAAACAAGUUUUUUCCUGAUCUCUUUUUUAAUCUAGAGAAUGCCUCUAAAAAUUUAAUUAAGGCGAAAUUGUCGUGUAGUAUGAGAAGGGGACGAUUUAAAGCAUUGUUUACAUCAAGCAAGUUUGAUGUGUAGAAGCAAUUUUAAUUAAGCAUUAAUCUGAGCUUUCAUUCAUUUUGCCCUAUUUUUUUUUGAAGGGCAAACACUCAAAACGUCAGCUUUAGAAGCUUUUUACAUUUUGGCAUGAUCAACUCAGUUGAUCAAACCAAAUUAUGUGGUAAUACCCCCAACCAAUACAGCACCACAGUUUCUAGAAACUUAUCCCAUUUUUUCAACUUAUCACAAAGCAUGACAUAGUCGUGCUACUUGAUGUGAUUUUUUUAUUCUUAGAAAUGUUUUACUAAGAAAUACUUUUUUAAUUACAGUUCUGGAAGGAUCAUGGUAGUUUUCAAAGAUGGUUUAGGAAAUUGUUUUUGACAACAUUAUUUGAAAGUUGAUUUGGCCAUGAGCAGAGUCUUCCUUGAUCUAGCUAGUUAAUUGAGAUGUAAAAAAUUUGAGAGAUGUCAGGAAAGUCUAAUAACUAGGAAGACUCAAAGAGACUUUUCUUGCCAGGUGGAAAGUUUGUUUACAAGGAUUUGUGAGCAUCCCUUCCCUCUGACACAGGGCGAAAAAUUUCAGCUUUGACAUUCAUUACAGUGGCCAAUUUAUGCUAUAAACUCAGGUGAUUAAACUGAAAUUGCUGUGUGAGCUUCAGUUUGUGUUCCCAAAAUUUGAGAAUUGUACUCAAUGCAAUUAAAAAACAUUUAUUUUAAAUAGGAUAAAAUAUUAAACUAUUCUGAAAAGUUGUAAAAGAACACUAUUUUAAGGAAAAAGUAUGUCUUAAUUUGUACCAUGAAUGAUUAAGUAAUUCUUCUAUCUUCAGUUUUGCCAGGCUAAGCUUUGUGAAGUUGUAUGCAAUGGGAAAUGAACUGGGAUAUGCAAUUUUACAAUUGGUACAGGACAUUAUUGUUAAGGGCUGCAAAAUCUAUAUCAACACCUCUAAUUAACUACAUUUGUAUAUGUUGUAUUUUUCUUUCUGGUAUUUCAGGAAUAGUAGCUCAACAAUAUUUUUGUAAGAAGAGUCAAAAGUUGUGAUGGAAUAAAUUUAAAUGAAUUUAAGCCUAAA